AUGUCUCAUGAUCACAUGGACAUGCCCAUGCCGAUGCCCAAGGCUAAUACCACCGCCAUGCAUAACAUGGCUACGAUGCACAUGACCUUCUUCUGGGGCAAAGAUGUAGUAAUGUUAUUCAACGACUGGCCUAAUGGCAAGUUAGGCAUGUAUAUUUUGGCUUUAGCUUUUGUGUUCGUUCUUGCUGUUGCAGUCGAGUUCUUUUCUGUGUUCACAACCAUCAAGACAGGAGCAUAUACGAUUUCGGGUUGUCUGACUCAGGCUUUUGUUUAUGGAUUCCGUAUGGGUCUUGCAUACCUUGUAAUGUUGUCUGUGAUGUCAUACAAUCUUGGUGUUUUUAUUGUUGUGGUGGUGGGACAUGCCGCCGGAUUUUUUCUAGUGAAGUAUCGGUUGUCUUUGAAAACCAAGGAUGAUCCGGUAUGA